GGCCGGGGCGGGGAGCGCUGAGCCCCUCGGCUGCGCCCUGACUCUGCAGCGGCGGAAGAGAGGGAGCCGUUGCCUUUCUGAGGUAUGGGCUGCUGCCCUUCAGCCGGGGGCUCGCGUCUCCUGCGGGCCGUACAGCCCUUGUGCGGAGUCGGCUCCGGCUGCGCUGCGGGGCAUGAGCAGGGGCUGGCCUGAGCGCGCAACUCAGCCCGGACUCUGUACUGAGUUGCCCAGCAAAGUGCAUCCUCUCCUGGGAGCGCUGCAGAGAGACCGGCCUGGCCGCUGCCUCCGGCCCUGCUGGGGAUGAGCCCUGCGGAGAGCACCGCUGGCCAACGGGCAGCCCCCGACCACCUGGAGACCCUGUGAGCGGGGCCGCUGCCCUCGUGCUGCCUCCGCCUUGGCCGCGUCCUGCUUUUCCCAGCAACUGUCUCUGGUGCCCUGUGCAGGAUGCCGCUUGCCGGGGGCAGCGCGCUGCAGCCUCCCGGAGGGGCUCGCUCGCUCAGCCCCGCCGCCCUGUCCCGCAGUUUGUCCCGCCUGCGCGAGUAUCGGACCCGCUCCCGGAUCAUGCUGUCCCUGGGGGUCACCCAGAUGGUCCUCGGAUGCCUCAUCGUGGCCGUCAGCUUCGCUGCCUUGGCUCUCACCACCUCGGCCAGGGUCCGGCACUCCUGUCCCUUCUGGGCCGGCUUCUCGGUGCUGUUGUCAGGACUGAUUGGCGUUGUCUCGUGGAAAAGGCCUCUCUCACUUGUGAUAACCUUUUUCAUGCUACUGUCUGCAGUGUGUGUAAUGUUGAACUUGGCUGGUUCCAUUCUCUCAUGUCAGAAUGCUCAGCUGGUAAAUUCCCUGGAAGGCUGUCAGUUGAUUAAAUUUGACAGUGAUGGUGUCUGUGUUUGCUGUGAAAUGCAGCAUCAAACAUCGGGCUGCAGCAACCUUGGAGAAACGCUGAAACUGAAUCCACUGCAGGAGUGUAAUGUUGUGAGACUGACCCUAAAGGAUCUGUUGUUCAGCGUGUGUGCUCUCAAUAUCAUUUCCACAAUUGUCUGUGCUUUGGCAACUGCAAUGUGCUGCAUGCAGAUGGUUUCUUCUGACGUUUUGCAAAUGUUUCUGCCACAGAGGUCACAUUCCACCAACCCAGACUGUAUGACUCCCCAUGGAACUAUUCUGCAUCAGACCCUGGACUUCGAUGAGUUCAUACCUCCAAUACCACCACCACCCUACUACCCACCUGAAUAUACCUGCGCACCUGUGAUGGAAGCACAGAGAGGUCUCCAUUUGGACUUUCCUCAUUCCCCCUUCAGUGCUUUAUAUGAAGUCACCAUUAACAGUCCAGGAAUGCUAUAUCCAACGGAGCUGCCCCCUCCUUAUGAAGCAGUGAUUGGACAGACCCCUGCUAGUCAGAUCACCGGUACAGCUCAGCAAAUGACUGAAUCCAGUUUGGGUGAGAGAAACACGACAGCCGGCUUUAGCACACAAGUGUCUGUUGGCAGUACCUCUCUUAUGGUCUCUGAGGUUGCUGAUAUUCCAGAUCAUAGCUACUCUUCAGAGGAUCUUUAUUCUCUGGAAGUUCAGGGGUCUCCUCGUUCCACAGACUUUUCUCCAUACAGUACAACCCACAAAGGCGCCACAAACAGGAGCUGCACCAGUUUGGAUCACAGCAUUCGCUCUGGGUUUCACAGGACUAACUCACAAUGUUCCCCUGAUGAGGAUGGCAGUUCCCGCAGCAGAGCCUCUAUGGACAGGUCUCAAAGCCAGGAAUAUGAGAACUAUGUUCAUGGCAGAGCCUCAGACUGCUCCUCAGAGAAUUUCAGCCCAUCAGAAAGAGAAUCCCAGAGCUCUGUUAGAGAAAACAAAACCACACCAACCUUGAAACAAGUGAAAAUAUGUUGUGGGGUCUUUAACCAGCCUGCUGCUGUACACACUCAGCCCUCUCUCUGUUCUGUGCCUGCAAGUACUUCAUCACACUAUGGCUGCCCCGAGAGAACUGCCCAGCAGCAUUGCAUUAGAAAAUACGGCAUUCCAAACAUAGUCCGAUCUACUAGUGACCCUGUAUCAUGUUCAUCCAGCACGGAAGUUCCCGUUUCUAGUUCUCAUGUGGCUGCCUCUGCUUGCCAGGACUCUGUAAGCUGUUUCCCACCCACUGGAAAACAAAGAGAGACAAGGAAAAUUGACCUACAGUUAAAGCCAAAGGCCUUCAACACAAUCUCCAAAGAGCGACCGCACUCUUUAGUAGACCUUAAGGCCUAUAAAGACACAAAAAUUUUGGUGGCUAAAUUUUUGGAACAUUCAAACUGUAAUCUCCCUCCAGAAGUGCGUCACGUUGUAAACAGCAUAAGAUCUGUAAUCAAAUCUGAUGAAAGACACAUGGAAGAAGCCAUCUUCAGUGCCAACAUUAUAGACCAGGUAAUUACAAGUUCCCAGCAGAAUGUGAAUACCUCUAGAAAACGACUUCAAGAAGAUCUUCACCUUCAGAGUUGUGGUGCUCUAAGUUCUCCAGGUGCCUUCUUACGCAGGUCCCACAUCACUCGCAGUUUAGAGCGGGACAGGCCACACAGUUUGAUUGGCGUUUGCCGGGAGACCAUCCUUUGACAACAGUUUACAGGUAUGCAGAAAAGCUGAUUCCAGCAAAGAGAAGAGUCCAGCACACGGAGAAAUGCAAAUAAUGGAUGGCUUAGAAAGGAAAAAAAGUGUCUUCCUUUGGAAUUCCACUUUUUAUUUAAUAGCAGAACACCACCACUCUUUUUCUGAAUGUAAAUUUUAAGCCCUGCAUUUUGCAAAAUUUAAAGGGUUAUUAUUAAACUUGUAACAAAUGUUUUUCCCAAAAAGAUAUGCAUUGAUUUGAACGCAUUGAUGGAGAUGCUGCUUCCAUGCAGCAUUUCCUGAAAACCAUCACCAAGAGACCUUUUGUACAACUUACAAGAUGCAUUUAUUUAAUGUACCUCAACGGGUUUUAACUAUCAUCAGUGUUUUAAUAAAAAGUAUUUCUGGACUUUGCUUCUGCAAAAACUGAUUUGGUUAGAAAUACAAAGAUUCACUCUUAUUAUAGGAGCAUAGCUACUUUUGCUGGUCCCUCUCUUUUCAUAUCUAAGUGUACAUAGGUUUCAUGACGCUAACCUAAUUGUUAUUUUCUGCUAGAGCUGUUUUGUUUCUCAAAUGCCCAUUGCCCUUUUAAAUUCUAGUAAAGGCUGCACUGUGGUUUAUUUUUUGCUCUUCUGAAUGCUCGUGAGUUUGAUGGUUUGGGAGAUGCCAUUAUAAAUUGAGGUCUAAAUUCACUAUAAAUUACGUCCAGCAGGUGCACUAUGGACAAAGCCAUUGCACUGCUGGAAUUGCCUAAAAGCUGACUUCCAAAACCUUUCACGGCCAACCGCUGAGCUGAAUCCAGACAGGGCUACCUGGGGGAAGCACAAAAAGGGCAGUUUGCCCUCCUGCCUUGUUUGAGAGGGCCCCCCAAAUUUUUUUUGGGGGGGAGCUGAGCCAAAUUUGACGGAGUGGCAUUGCAUCAUGGGUAAUAUGGGAAGUGACUCCCCCAUCCUGGCCAGGCUCAGAUCCUAUCAUUGCCACUAUUGUCGUCAUCAGCUGGCAGGUCUGAAGCCACCCAGAGCUAGGAGUAGGGUUGUGGAUACCAUUCCCACCAGCGGAGGGGCCAGAGCUCCUCUCUCCCUGUGAGGAUGGCAGCCACUCCACUGGCCUGGACCCUUGUUAACCCUGCUCCCCAUUCCCUCCCAUCUUAAACUCUUUCAUUGUCACAGUAAUUUUGGAAGGGAGGGGGGGCUCAGUUUCAGAUUUUGCCCUGGGCCCUGAAAAAUCUCUUCAAAACCCUGAAUCUUGAGGGCCUAAUGGGAUGCCAAAGAUGUAUCAUCUUCCUCUAAUUUGGUUUAUUCCAUUUGUUAGCAUGGAUAAUUUUCUUCUAGUAGUUCUCCUGCAUUAAAAAUUAGUCUAAAAAAACUCAACUAAUGCCAAUACUAACAGCAGAUGGUGCCUGCCUGGUCUUUGUUAAGAAAAAAGCAAUGCGAGCUACAACUCAGCAGAGAUAGGAAAGGGCAUGAUCAGUGUUCUCAUAAGGAAUCCAGUCUAAUGUGCAAAAUUUUAACUUUUGUAAACACAUCUCGGGGGUUUAAUUGCUUGGCUGUUUUCAUUUGUGUCACUCUGAACUUGGCAGACAAUCUGUGAAAAGGUCACAAGGCUGUGUAGCUGGAGAUGGAUAGCUUUAGUUCAGAAUGUGGGUUUGUCAAUCAUCAAUACCGUUAAUAUUUUAAAUUGAUGCUGCUUCAACUACAUUCACAUGAAGCUACAGUGACAUCCAGUGGCAAAAAGUUAGGGUAAUUGCAAGCAUCCAUUCACUAUGAAUUCUGCAGAUAUACCACCUACUAUAAUUCUGACUUCAAGGCAGCAGAUAGAUGGAUUCCAACUACCUGAUU